AUGAAGCAUGGAAAUUAAAAGAAAAUGAACUUAGUCAAUGAAAAUAAGAAGCAUAAUUAAGAUAAUCAGAAGAAUAUAUUAAUAGAUGUUGAAGAAUUUAUGAUAGAGCUUGAUUUUCUUGAUUAAAAGUAAGAAAGGUAAGCAAAAUAAUAGAAAGGUUCAAUUAAUAAAAUAUAUAACAAAAUUGAGAAUGUUGUUUAAGAAAAAAACAAACAUAAAAAUUUAGUUUUUGAUUCUGAUAGAUAAGGGAACAGGUAAAAAUUGCAUAAUCCUUAAAGUUCAGAUAAAGAUUAAAAUAAACAAUAUGAAGAAGAAAUGAUUUAGGAGGAAUAGAAGUAAGAAAAAGAGAAAUAAUAUAAGACUGAUUAUAUGAUUGAAAACAGAAAAAAAGAUUGUUAAGAUUUAUCAAAUAUUUAAAAGACAUCUAAAGUUUUAAUUAUAUAGGAUGAUUUAGAAGAAAAUAAAACAGAAAAAUUAAAUUUAGUUUUUCAAACUUAAAAAAAUGGAAAUGAAUGCUAUAAACAAGUGUUAAAUGAACAAAAAUUAACAUCAAAUAAUAAAAUGGAAUAGAUAAAAGAAGCAAAAUAAUAAAAUUUUGCAGAAGAAUAGUCAGGUUAAAAUUUGACCUGUUAAUUUUAAUCAAAAUAGAAUUAGCUGAUGAAAAUAAAGUAAAAAAAUCCUUAAAAAUUUGUGAUUUAAUCGAAUGGCAAUUCAAAAAAGCACAAAAAAUUGGCAACUAUGAUAGUAGAUGCUUAUAUGUAAACAGAUGAUACAAGUGAUAUACAUGGAUAAGAAAUUCUAAACUUAAUUAUAUCAGAAUAAAAUAUGGUGUAUUAGUUAAACCAGCUGCAUGAUAAAAUAUUAAGGUUGUUAAAUAAUUAGAUUUGA